AUGGCAGCAGCAGCAGCAGCAGCAGCAGCAGGGAUAGCAACAACAGUAGCAGCAACAAAAGCAGCAGCAACAACUGCAGCAACAGCAGCACGGAUCUACACCAACCAGCAGCAGAAGCAGCAACAACAACACAGCAGCAGCAACAACUGCAGCAGCAACAACUGCAGCAGCAGCAACUGCAGCAGCAGCAACAGCAGCAGAAACAGCAACAGCAGCAACAGCAGCAGCAGCAGCAGCAGCAGCAGCAGCAUUAGUAUUACAUUAAGAAGUAGUGCUUGA